GAAGGCGGCGGUUAGGACGCUGCAUGGGGAGGUUUGAGGGGCAGGUGGAGUGACGCUGCCGCCCUCUUCCCGCCGUUUCAUACCCUGUUCCUGGUGACCUGCCUAUAUAGAGGGGCUUGGACUUAAUGUGGAAGCCCCCCGACCCCAUAUUAGGGAAGUGGAGGCCUGUUUUGAAACUACACAAAACUUUGUAAAAAGGCCAGUAGCGUACUGAAGUUAACUAUCAUCUUCUGUCUGGACACAUCAUAUGCAUCUGCAGACUAAACCAUGCCAGCAUUGUCAACUGGAUCCGGAGGGGAGACAGGUUUGUAUGAGCUGCUGGCUUCGUUGCCAGCCCAGCUGCAGCCACAUGUGGACAGCCAGGAAGACCUGACCUUCCUCUGGGAUAUGUUUGGUGAAAAAAGCCUUCAUUCACUGGUAAAGAUUCAUGAGAAAUUGCACUACUAUGAAAAACAGAGCCCUGUCCCCAUGUUGCAUGGUGCAUCAGCUUUGGCAGAUGAUCUGGCUGAAGAGCUGCAGAGCAAACCACUAAACAGUGAGAUCAGAGAAUUGCUGAAACUACUGACAAAACCCAAUCUCAAGGCUUUGCUUUCUGUGCACGACACUGUUGCUCAAAAAAACUAUGAUCCAAUAUUGCCUCCCAUGCCUGAUGACAUUGAUGAAGAAGAAGACUCUGUGAAAAUAAUCCGGCUUGUCAAAAACAGAGAACCGCUGGGGGCUACGAUUAAAAGAGAUGAGCAUACUGGAGCAGUUGUUGUGGCUCGGAUAAUGCAUGGAGGAGCUGCAGAUAGAAGUGGUCUCAUUCAUGUUGGUGAUGAACUUAAAGAAGUCAAUGGAAUUCCUGUAGAUGAUAAAAAACCGGAAGAAAUUAUACAAAUUCUGUCCCAGUCUCAAGGAGCCAUUACAUUUAAAAUUAUACCUAGUAUCAAAGAAGAAACCCCAUCUAAAGAAGGCAAGAUUUUUAUGAAAGCUCUAUUUGACUAUGAACCCAGUGAGGAUAAAGCAAUUCCCUGUAAAGAAGCUGGACUUCCUUUCAGAAAAGGUGAUAUUCUUCAGAUCAUGAGCCAAGAUGAUGCAACCUGGUGGCAAGCCAAACUUGAAGGUGAUGCCAAUCCCAGAGCAGGCUUAAUUCCUUCAAAACAGUUCCAGGAAAGGAGACUUGCAUUGAGGAGAUGUGAUAUACAGGUUCAGCCACUGAAAAUUUCCAAUCGAAAAUCAUCUAGUUUUAGGAGAAGUUUUCGUCUAAGCAGAAAAGACAGAAAAACAAACAAGACUAUGUAUGAAUGCAAGAAGAGUGAUCAAUAUGAUACUGCAGAUGUCCCAACCUAUGAGGAAGUAGCAAAAUAUAGACGGCAGCCUAAUGAGAAAUACAGACUUGUUGUCUUGGUUGGUCCUGUGGGUGUAGGACUGAAUGAACUGAAAAGGAAAUUGUUGAUCAGUGAUACACAGCAUUACGGUGUAACCGUGCCACACACCACAAGAGCGAGAAGAAGCCAAGAAAGUGACGGCGUUGAGUACACUUUUAUUUCCAAGCACUUGUUUGAGACAGACGUGCAGAAUAACAAAUUUAUUGAAUAUGGGGAAUAUAAGAACAAUUACUAUGGUACCAGCAUAGACUCAGUUCGAUCUGUUCUGGCUAAAAAUAAAGUUUGUUUGUUGGACGUUCAGCCUCAUACAGUGAAGCAUUUAAGGACAUUAGAAUUUAAACCAUUUGUCAUAUUUAUAAAGCCUCCAUCAAUUGAGCGUUUGCGAGAAACCAGAAAAAAUGCCAAGAUAAUUUCAAGCAAAGAUGAAAAGGGUGCUGCCAAACCCUUUUCAGAAGAAGACUUUCAAGAAAUGAUUAAAUCAGCACAAGUUAUGGAAAGCCAGUACGGUCAUCUUUUUGACAAAGUUAUAGUAAAUGAUGAUCUAACUAUAGCAUACAAUGAGCUUAAAACAACCUUUGACAAAUUGGAAAGAGAGGUCUUCUGGGUUCCAGUCAGUUGGGUACAUUCUUAACACUGUAACAAAUAAAAAGGAUUCAUGGAACUUUUAAAGGGUGCUUAGGUGGACCUACAGGCCGUUUUGUUCUUGGGAAGCUUUUCUUGCUUUGGCACAUUGAUGAUUUUACAAACUUUGUGCAGUGGAAUGCUGAUCUUUUCUGUGUAUGAGCCUUCCUGUUUGGAAAUAGGUUUUAUGAGGCAAAGACAACAAUGAAGCCUUAUUUUACUUGAUUCAGCUAACUUAAAAGAAAACAAAGCCCCAGUUAUUGUGAUACCACGUUCUAUAAAUAGAUUGUGCCUCCAACGUGGGACUUCCUUGAAGCCAAGAAGAUCAAAAGGUGUGAGAUCCAUGUUAAAGUGGCCUUAGAUGUUGCCGCUGCCAGGAUGGGAUGAGUGCUAAUGCUUCAAGAAUAUAAAACUGGAGGAGACGAAAAGGGGCUAAUAUUUUCUUAGAGUAUAAGUGUUGAAAUUGGAUUAUUAUAAACAUGGAUUUCUUUUGUGUGGACUGUUUUCCCUGUUCAGCCUGACUUUGGUAUAUUUAUCAAGGGAGCAAAUUUAACAUACUGGGUCAAUAAAUUUUACUGUGGUCUACAGCUACAAUCUGUUACUCCUGUGGCUAUGCUCUAAGAGGAAUAUAUGCUGGAAUGCAUUGCAUGCUUGGAGGUAACUUUGAUAUUUUAAGUGAACAAGAAGCAAUAAAAUGUUUUGCAUUUAAAACUUUAAAGUUAAACUAUUGUGGUAUUCAAAGCAAUGGAAAGCUUUAAAUUUAAACAUCAGCUCUUGGGUUGGUUAGAGUAGUUUUUAUGUAACUCAUGAGAUGGAGUGGAGACUUUGCAAUAGAGGCAGCAGCAUAACUGGAUUUUAUUUAUAUACGUGCUUUAUUGUUUUAAAAAUUCACCUUUUAUAAAGUAGCCUUUGUGAGACUUCAGAAGCUAUUUUUUUAUUUUGAAAACUUGUUAAUAAAAACUUGUGUAUCGUUCUCAUUUUACACCACCUUGUACAGCAGAAAUACAGAAAAUGUUCUCUGGAAUGAAGAAAUUGAUUUUUCUUUUUUUUGCCUCUUGUGUUCCUGUUGAAACAAAGUAUAUUAAUAGAUAUGGAUGCAUGUUCUGUGUAAGUGAAUCUGUCUUACCAAUAAUGUGUGACGGUGACGCAUCACAACUUUGGCAUGCAAACAGGAAGCCUAGUUAUUUUAUGUUAACAUGUACAAGGCUUAGCUGACUUAUUUAAAGGCAAAAGAAUUUAGUGAGACUUUAUAUAUUUAUGAAAAGAGGUGAGAAGGGAUAUUAAUUUUUUUGGAUUUGUUGUCAAUGUGAUCAUUUAUUACACAGAUCACUAGGUAUCUGUGAUUUAAAACAUUGGCUUUAUAAAUUUAACAUUCCAUAUAAAUAUUUUACUUCAGAUGCAGAUAAACUGCCAGGUCUUUGCAAAUGUAGUCUAAAUAGAUGGUUGGGGUUUUUUUUUUUGGUUCAUUGCAUUUAUGUUUUUAAAUUGUGUAAUACAAGCAAAGUGCCAACAACCAAAUGUAGCCUUUUUGGAUAUAUUUUUGCUAGUUUGACGCAUCUUGCAUUCUGGCACUGAACAUUUACAAUAUAAUCUUUAGUGUAUCUCAGGUCUUGCUAUUUUGAAUGAAUUAAAUGUGACUGUUCUUCCACAAUGCCAUUCGGUUGUAUGAAAAUACUGAGCUGUAAUUUUUUCCCACUAAAAUGUAGAAAUCUUUCAAGUAUUCCACUGAAUAAUUCACCUUUGGUUUUUUUUUUUAAUUAGGUACUAAGUAUAUCUGAUUUUCAGUGCAUGCAGUAAGAAUUACUGCCAGGUCUGCUUGUUAUCUCUCAAGGUCUGGUUUUGGUGUACAGAAGAGUGCACUUAAAAAUUGCUCAGUGUAUAGUCUCUAGCAGUGAGCUUCAAUGUUUCCAGACCAGGGACUCGUCUUUAAUUCCCAAGUAGCAGCCUGGGGUACACUGAACUACAAGCACAGGAUACCAGAGUGGUGCGACAGGAAGAGGAGGAGUCAAAGCUAUAACCUUACUGGUAUGAAGGCCAGGUCUGUGGCAGCUGACCAAGGAAGCUGGAGACAGGAAACACUGGCUGAGCACCACUAGGUGUAUCAUAGUGAGAACAAACCAAGGCUCAGAGCCAUGGAGGAGUCCUCUCAAUUGUUGACAUUGCCUCACAGUCCUGCUGCUGCUAUCAUAAUGCACUUGAGUUCUAAGUGUACACAUAACAAGCAGGUCUUUCAAAUAGGAGUAGAAACAUGCAACUCUAUAAGGACUCAUGAUGACCCAACCAGUGAGUCUCUGUGAUCCACCUAAGGGCUGUGACCGGUGGAUUGAAAACCACUUGGCUAUACUGUGUGACUCCCUCUUCUGUUGAAAACAAACAUACAUUUGGAUUGUAGGUAUUAUAAGUUACAACAGUCUUGACACUUUUACAAUAGGAAUUCUGACAGAUUUAUCAGUGACUGAAACCUGGACUAUAACAUCAAUAAGGACUAUGUUCUUGCAAUAAUCUCAACUAUUAGUUGGUGUAAGAUUGUCACCGCCUUUGGUUUGAGAGAGAAUUUGCAAGCCUGAUAGCUAUGGUAUAAUUUCCCAUGCUUCGGGUGAAUUUUUUACAUCUUUUUAAAAUAAAAAUGGGGUUAGCUCUGAUCUGCACACAACUUUGCACAGGUAGGAGCUGUCCAUUCUCUUCAGUGUUAGGGAAUGCUCCAUGUACACACUUGAACUGUGUUGAGCUUUGAAUUUAUGUAUAUAGGAUUGACAUAUUUUAAAAACAAAAACCUGACAUCUGUUUCUGGCUAAAAGUGAAACUGGCUUAAAUUUUGAACUCCUCCACAUUGUACUGCAUGGUUCUGGGUACUUUGUUUUUAUGUCUGUGUGCAGAUAUCCUUAUUGCAUUUUUGCUGUUUUGUCACUGUAAAACAAAUGUUGAACUUUUAUAUUUUUCUGAAUUCACAGCAAUACUUGAAGAUGUUUUCACUUAUAUCUAAAUUGUAUCUGAAAUACAGCUUUAUCAUAAUAAAUUAUUGUCAUAAUGUA